AUGGCGCCGCUGAAGCCGGCAGGGAAGAACAGCAUCUUCCGCUUCGCGAGCGUCAAAUACAACACGACCACGCGCAAGUGGGGCCUCGCCACCAGCGCUAACUGGACCGACUACCGCACGUCCACCCUCAGCCGCGUCCGCAACCAGGGCUCCUGCGGCAGCAGCUGGGCGAUGGCGGCGGUGACGGCGGUCGAGCUCGCAUACGCCGUGGCGCGCAACGCGUCGAACGACAUGCAGGCGCCGCGGUACCUGUCGACGCAGCAGGUGCUGAGCUGCGGCGACAGCAAGAAGGGCAACUGCACGGGCGGCUGGCCCACCACUGCGCUGGACUAUGUCGUCAAGACGACGGGGAAAUACGGGGGUAUGGUGACGGAGGGUAAUUACCCCUACACGGGUAACACGACGUGCACGUACGGCACCAAGGAUGACGACGACCAUAGCGGCGGCGAUAAGAAGAAGCCGUCUUCCUGCGACACGUCCAAGGUGAAGAAGCAGGCGACAUCGAUCGGCAUCCGGUCGUACGAGAGCAUCGACUACUAUGGCUGGCUCGGACUCAUCCUCGCCACGCAGGUGCAUCCAGCCAUCGCUCUGAUCAACACCAAGCCCGACUCCUUUCAAAACUACCAGUCGGGCGUGUACUCGGAUUCGUCUUGUGCAGAGGGCCAGGUGGACCAUGCGGUGGUGGUGAUGGGGUAUACCUUCGACUCGCCCGGUCCCCUCUGGAUCAUCAAAAACUCCUGGGGGAAAACGUGGGGCAUGCAGGGAUACAUGCAUCUGGCCAUGCAGGGCGGGCUGGGGGCAUGCAACAUCCACUCAGUGCCGGCACUCGUGCCAGUCAUACGCAACUCGAACCCGUGCAGUCUGCUGGUGAACCCCUGUGGCGGAGGCGAGUGCAUUCCGCAUGACAGCAGCAAGUACAAGUGCAACUGCCCGCCCCAAUUCGUUAAAGUCAAGAACUCCGAUGGCACUGAGUCCUGCACGCCAGUGGUAGUGUGCACAAGGGCGGACAUCAACCCAUGUGGAGUGGGCACGUGUCUGAACGACGGCAAGGGCUGGCACACGUGCCUCUGCCCGCGUGGAUUCGCUCUUGGCACCACCGCUGUCGGCUCUCAUACCUGCGUGCCCUCGGACAAGACCAUAAAGAGCAUCAAGAUGCCGCUGACAGUGCCGGCGCAGCUGGUGUAUGGGCUUUACGGCAUUCCCAAGGACAAGUUCUAUGACCAGAACCCCGACCUGGACUCCUCGGACAGCAAGAUAAAGAAGGGCAAGAAGGUGAACGUGAAGGCCACGUCAGACACCAUCAACUGCGACCUCGUCUACCCCUGGAACUGGGGCAAUCGCUGUGGGCCGGUGGCAGCGCUGUUUGGCAUCACCAUCGCUCGCCUGGAGGAGCUCAACCCGGGCCUCACCUGCCCUACUGGGGCGUACCCCGGCCAGCAGAUCUGUGUGCGCGAGGGCACUGGGCUGGCCAUCCCGCUGUGCGCGCAGUAUCACGUGAUCGCGCCCCCGGACACGUGCAGGAGCAUCAGGCAGCAGUACGGGCUCUCCUGGACCACUUACUUCGCCCUCAACCCCGGGGUGUUCUGCGCCAACCUCUACCCCGCUGCCACCGUUGACGGGGUCAACGCCAUUCCCAGUGGCGCGCAGAUCUGUGUGAAGGCAGCAUUCAACGCGACAAUCAACUAUCUCGCGCCCCGAGACACAUCGGCCAUGCCUUACAACGCAGCAUACACCAGCCUGCUCACCACACAGCACCACUCCCUCCUCCACUCUUCUCACGCCUCUGGGCUGCUCUCAGCACACGCCUUGCCUCAACAAGAGAGCCAGCAGCUGCUGCAGCAGCAGCAAGUGCAGCCGUUGCAGACGAAGCGGCGGUGCCAGGCGUCGUACACGGUGGUGCGGGGGGACUUCUGUGCGCGCAUCAUAGCCCUCAAGUUCCAGUACAACACGCGCAGGAUGGCCGAUCUCAACAACGGCUACGUGUGCACCGACAAUCGCCUAUUUGUCGGUCUCGUGCUCUGCACCUUCCGGUAG